UUUUUGUUGAAGCCGUCUAGUACAAGGAUAUGUCCUUGCAAACAUUUCGUACUGGAAGCAGAGCAGGAUUAAUGAUCAAGACCACCUCAACUCGGCUUUCAGCACACUACUGCACAUUAGCAGUUUACAAGAAUACAUAGUAUGGUACUUGGAAAUAUGAAAUAUCUUCCAAAAUGUUUGGAAACUUGCAUGCUCAGGGAAAUGGACAAUUUACAUUUCUGCUGUUAAAAAUGAGAUAAAUUUGCGUGAAUUCAGCAAAUGCAAAGAAGCAAAAAACAACUGAGUUCGAGUCAAAUACUCAGGACGUACAUGGACAUGGCACAACCCUGAAUAUGUGCCAAGGAAGAAACGAGCCUCUGGAGGGAGCAGCCAACAACCCUUCAAGGUUUCCUUUGACUGUCAGGUAUGUACUGCUUCCCUACCAGAAAAGCUAUCCCUUCUCUUCUCUUGCACCAAGUAUCUGCAGAUACCAGCCAUGGAUCACCAAAGUAAGUUUGCCGUGCAGAAGAUUGUUGUCUUGCUCCACUCGACGCAUGAGAUCUUGGAGAACAUCCUGGAUAGAGCUUCGGAGGAGAAAUCAGAAAGGAUUUCUGUCCGGUCAACUGUUGAUCCCAAGGAUGGACUGGGAUUCCUGGAACUGGAGGGUCAUAGCAUUCAUGAUCUGGCCAAGGAGGUGGAGAUCAAGCUCUCAGAGUCCAUGGACAAAGAAAGGAAGGUGAGAUGCAGGAUGGAGAGUAUGGUAUCAAGCUUAAAGAAGGAGAACCACGAUAUUAGGGGCAUGUUGGAAGUUGCUAUAACUGAGAAGGAGGAGGCGGAGAAUAGCCUUUAUGCGUUGAAGGGCGAUGCCGAUCAGAGAAGAAGUUCAAUCCUGCAGAUUGCUGAGAAGGGAUUGCAGAAGGUUGGCUUUGGAUUCAUCAUGGACGUUAUAAGUGGAGAAUCAGAAGGGGAUGACAUGAGCAGCUCCAGUGCCGGUGCAGCAUCUGAUGGAAGAGAAAGUAAACAGGAGGUUGACAGUCUGGCUUCAAUAGUUGGAAAGACACUGAAAAAUCUGCAUCAUGAGAUCAAUCAUCUGAGACAGGCCUUAGACGAGUCCAGGUCAGACUGUGAUCAUUUUCAUCUCAUCGCUGCUCAACAGGCUCAGAAGAUAAUCAAAUAUGAGUCAGACAUACAGGAUCUGGGAGAACGAGAAAUUUUCCUACUUCACAGUGUGGAAGAGCUCACUGUCGGGGUAAAAGAAGUAGAACAGGAUGCUGCACGAUGGAGAGAGGCGUGUGCACUGGAGGUAGACGCUGGAAAAGCUGCCAUUAAAGAACUAAACCAGGAGGUCACCUUGCUCAGGGAAGAACUGAGAAGGGUAAAAGCAGACUUAGAUGCUGCAAACAACAGGAUACAGCUAAAAGAGAAAUUAGCCGCCAGUGCAAUGGCAGCACAAGCUGCUGCAGAUGCAUGCCUUAAGCUUGCUGACAGUAGAUCUGCUGGGUUACAACAGAUAAUAGAAGAGUUGACAAGGCAGAUAGAGCGAGAAGAUACAGAUGCAAGAAAAGGGAGAGACAGUGGUCGAAGAAGAAUAAGAUACGCCUGCUGGCCAUGGCAGCGACUUCGAGUCAUAUCAGCAUCCUCUCGUGAUAGGACAUGGUUUGUUGAUCAGAAUGGAAGAUUAUUACCAAGGACAGAAGCACUACUUCAAAUAAGGAUCUGACUAAGUCCUCACAAUUUCCCAGACUAGACAUACCCCUCCCUGUUCCCUGUUUUUUUAUGUAGGCAUGCAUCGAAUAUUUUUGCAAUAAAUUCAUAUGGUCUUCUCACUACUCACUGAAUCUAGUAUGUUUGUCCACUGCCAUCUGAAGAAGUCAUUCAACUUCUAUAUUUUUUGACUGAAUAACGCAGGAAAAAAACAGUAUAUAUACAUUCAUGGAACAGUACAGAAAAACCAGGAUGUUGGGCACCUUACGAAAUGGUGAAGAAAAUAGAACAUGAUAGAUACUUACAAAAAGUAUGUAUCGGGAACUUUUGAAACUUACAAGGUUGGUGUGGUGCGACGCAGCAGCAUGGGCUCAUUAGUUGACUUGAAACCUGACACUCAUAUAUUGUCAAAACUCAAAACAUUCAGAAACCUUGCAUCGCUAGCCUUAAGAGGGUCAUCUGCUGAUGUACUCCUAUUGAUUCUCUAGCAUCCUGUACACCCAAGCCACCAUACUGCAUCAAGAUGCUUCAGAAACUACUAAUGUGUAGAAGGUGUCUACUUUGAAGGAUCUAUUGAACCUUCACUUCCACAUGGAUUGCCCUUUUAGGAAAUAAGAUAUGAUAGCGGAAAACCAAUUUUAACAAACAUCUUACAAACUUCGUUCCUCAAACAGACAUAACCACAAAGGAUUAACUGAAUGUACUGGAUGCACUUCUAAACAUUUUGUUUUGAGAAAUAAGGGUUCAUUUCUUGCCCCUAUACAGCAUAUAUACAUCUCAACAAAUCUUUUCAACGGGAUUUUUUUCCAUAUAAAAUGUAAGAGCAAGUCUGACAUGAAGCUGGAAUAGAUGGUCCAGAAAUUUGAGGGAAUCAAAUAGAAAAUCAGGCUCUAUUCAACUUCAGACAGGCAACACUAGAACUUCUCAAAUUGAAUUGCCAAUAAGCAUUAAAAAUAUCAAGCCCAGCUAAGCCCUCACAUUUAGCAUAUACCCACUGUAGGAUGUAAGCAGUUAAUGAUAAUAGAAUCACCUAGGGGUUUAUAAAAAUCC